GGACGCGCGGGCCCGGACAGAAGAUGGUGCAGAAGAAAACAACCGAACUUCAGGGCUUUCACCGUUCGUUCAAGGGGCAGAAUCCUUUCGAGCUGGCCUUCUCUCUAGACCAGGCCCACCACGGGGACACUGACUUCAGUCUGGAGUGCACAGCUCGCCCUGACAUGCCUGUGAGCCAGCCUAUCGACAUCCCAGACGCCAGGAAGAGGAGCAAGAAAAAGAAGCGGUGCCGGGCCACCGACAGCUUCUCAGGCAGGUUUGAAGAUGUCUACCAGCUGCAGGAAGAUGUGCUGGGGGAGGGUGCCCAUGCCCGGGUGCAGACCUGUGUCAACCUCAUCACCAACCAGGAGUAUGCAGUCAAGAUCAUCGAGAAGCAGCCGGGCCACAUUCGAAGUAGGGUGUUUCGGGAGGUGGAGAUGCUGUAUCAGUGCCAGGGACACAGGAAUGUUCUGGAACUGAUCGAGUUCUUCGAGGAAGAGGACCGCUUCUAUCUGGUGUUUGAGAAGAUGCGGGGCGGCUCCAUUCUGAGCCACAUCCACAAGCGGCGGCACUUUAACGAGCUGGAGGCCAGCGUGGUCGUGCAGGACGUGGCCAGCGCCUUGGACUUCCUCCACAACAAAGGCAUCGCCCACAGGGACCUAAAGCCGGAAAACAUCCUCUGCGAGCACCCCAACCAGGUCUCCCCUGUGAAAAUCUGCGACUUUGACCUCGGCAGCGGCAUCAAGCUCAACGGAGACUGUUCCCCGAUCUCCACCCCGGAGCUGCUCACCCCGUGCGGCUCCGCCGAGUACAUGGCCCCCGAGGUGGUGGAGGCCUUCAGCGAGGAGGCCAGCAUCUAUGACAAGCGCUGCGACCUCUGGAGCCUGGGUGUCAUUCUCUACAUCCUGCUCAGCGGCUACCCCCCCUUCGUGGGCCACUGCGGCAGCGACUGCGGCUGGGACCGGGGCGAGGCCUGCCCGGCCUGCCAGAACAUGCUCUUUGAGAGCAUCCAGGAGGGCAAGUAUGAGUUUCCUGAGAAGGACUGGGCCCACAUCUCCUACGCCGCCAAAGACCUCAUCUCAAAGCUCCUCGUCCGCGACGCCAAGCAGAGGCUGAGUGCCGCACAGGUCCUGCAGCACCCCUGGGUGCAGGGGUGUGCCCCGGAAAACACCCUGCCCACACCCAUCGUCCUGCAGAGGAACAGCUGUGCCAAAGACCUCACAUCUUUUGCGGCUGAGGCCAUCGCCAUGAACCGGCAGCUGGCCCAGCGAGAGGAGGAUGCGGCCGAGGAGGCUGGGCAGGGCCAGCCCGUGGUCAUCCGAGCUACCUCACGCUGCCUGCAGCUGUCUCCCCCUUCCCAGUCCAAGCUGGCCCAGCGCCGCCAGCAGCAGCAGCAGCAGCGUGCCAGCCUGUCAGCUGCCCCCAUGGUCCUGGUGGGGGACCAUGUGUGACCCUCUUCCUCCCUGUACAUAGGCCCUUCCCCACCAUCAAAUCUGCAGAUUUUUUUAAGCUAUUGACAGCCUGUGAACAGAGGCUGCCCUCCCUGAACACCCUCCCCGGCUGGGUUUCUGGGUGUGAAGCUCAGCUGGGGAUGGUUUUAUAUAGGUUUUUGCUGUUGGGUUUUUCCCCUGUUUUUCUGUCCCUCCCCACCACCCCUUUUUCCCCCUUUUUACUGUGUUGAAAACAAAGAGGCACCCUGGAGGAGAGCGGAGGGUGCGUGUGGCUGGUGUGCCCCUCCCUGAUGCCCCAGCCCCAGAUGCUCGUCUGUACUGUGAAAGCCCCCGCCCCGCCCCGCCAGGGCUCAGGAGGGGGGCUUCGCUGUCUUCCAGAGCUGGGGUGUCCUUCCCAGUGCCCCCGUGUCUUCAGGGACGGCUGUCUGUGCUUCCUGUCAUCCCUCACCCAAAGAUGCCCUGGUGGCUUGGUGGGGGGGCUGGGGCCCCUUGGGUCCCUCUUGUCACAAGAGAGGGAGAGGCAUGGGCACCGGCAGGCGGGACAGACAAAUGCCCACCGGGUCCCCCCACCCCCACCCCUGCUGUCUCUGUCCCUAUGAGACUGACAAUCGGGGCUUCCUUGAACCUUGACCUUAAACUGCAGCCAGGGGGCACACCCCUGGCUCUACCCUCCCGCUAGGGACUCUGUCCAUCCAGGAGGGUGGCACCAGAGGAUGUGGGAGGAGCUGGACCGGCACCUGUCAGCCAACUUGGGGGUCCCACAGACCCCCUCCCACCUGGGCACCCAAGUGCCCCUUCUCAGGGCUCAGUCUGACCUUGGCCAUGUCCUGCCUCCCGUCCUCCCCUCUCAGACCUGUCAUGGGAGUUCUGUCAGCUCCUCCCCCUUUGGAGAUGGCGUGACCCUGGGGGACUGUUGCACCCCCACCCCAAGGGCAGCCUUUCUUCUCUGCCCAGCUUCAGGAAACUGGCCGAGCUCCUGCGGCCUCCCAGGAAUAGUCAUGCCCCCCUCCCCCCUGCGCCCGUCCAGCACCAGGUCAGAUGUCGUGUGACCACCGGGCGCCGGGAGACCUCCGUGUCCCUUGGGCCUUGGGCAUGAAACACUAUGCAAUACAGGCUUCCUUUCUCCCUUUUCUACAUGCACACGAGCUGCCGCCUCAGCAGAGUCCCGACAGCGCUGGCCUCCGGUCUGUCCUGUCUCGGUUUUUGAACAUCAGUUGACUUUGCUUCCCUGUUCUCGAAGAAUACUUGAAUGUCGGGGGGCCUCGUGGGGCUGAGGAUGUGGCUUGGACGCCCCAUCUCUGGCCCCCCAAGUCUCUGGUUGUGGUCUGGGGUGGUCAGUGGGGGCGGCCAGCCCCCCUGGAUCUGUGGACCCUCCUUCCCAAAGAGACCCUGGGUGUGGGAGGGCUUCUGCCCUCAUUUCUCGCCCAUCCGAGAUCCCACAUUUUGCAAGUGGGGUUUCUUUGCUUUUAUGUGAAAAGGAAUCACCCCACCCAGAGCAGGCACCAAGGCCAUUUUAGUCUAGACAGUUGAGCUGUGAGCAACUUCAUUUUUUCCCAAGGUGGGACAGCACUCCCCUCUGCCUGUCGCCCCGGCGGACAGUGCGGCGGAGGCUGGUCAGAGCGAACUGUGAAGAAGGCGGGCCCUGGGGUGCUGGGAGCGGGCAGCAGCGUUUGGGGUUGCAAUGUUACCGUAUUGAAGAAAAAAAUUCAAAUGUAUAAAAGUGGGGGAAAAACAUCCAAGCACUUUAACUCCACUGUACCAGGUGAACUGAUACAGCUCAAGUUUUCCUUUACGCCAACUGUCAAUGCCGGAAUUUUGUAUUCUGUUUUGUAAGGAUUUAAUAAAAGCCGUGAAACCACUUCA